GCGGAUAACCACAAUCCACAGGACCAUCCACAGGGCCAGCCACGUGCAGGGCCACCUACAGAUUAGAUCGUCUCGCGUGCACUUGCGACGUCCUACCACAGGGCAAGGAGGCAAAGGAGCUUGUUCACAGCAAUUAUGGUUUGGCCAUUUGGUUCAUCGUCUAAAGAGCCUGCCAAAGCUCCAGAAGACGAGUCAAAACAGAAUGGCAAAUGGGAACAAUCGCUCACACGCUCCGAGACCUCGCGUACCGAAGCUGUUCAACAAUGGCUACCUAUGAUCAUCUUCCCCUUGGUCGGCCUCGGCGCGCUGCAGCUUUACUCACACUACCUACGAAGAAUACCCGGCGCUGCCCAUGUCCGACAAUCAUAUUUCAACAAGCGCACAAUCUUUGGACGCGUCACGAGCGUUGGUGACGGCGACAACUUCCACCUGUUUCACACCCCGGGUGGUCGCGCUGUUGGUUGGGGAUGGCUGCGAAAGAUUCCUCAAAAUAGACGCGAGUUAAAAGAUCGCACAAUUGCCAUUCGAUUGGCAGGCGUAGAUGCCCCGGAAAAUGCACACUUUGGAAAGCCCGCUCAACCAUAUGCUGCCGAAGCAUUGAAGUGGCUGAACAAUUAUAUCCUCCAUCGAAAUAUCCGAGCGCACGUAUACAAACGAGAUCAAUACAAUCGAAUUGUGGGAACCGUUUACGUCUGGAAGUGGUUUAUGAAGAAGAACGUUGGACUGGAAAUGGUGAAACGCGGCCUGGCGACAGUCUACGAAGCGAAAUCUGGUGGAGAAUACGGCGAUAUGAAGCACGUAUACGAACGUGCCGAAGCAGUGGCUAAAAAGAAGCGCCUGGGGAUGUGGUCUGGCAAACCGAGCGAGUUCGAGAGCCCAAGAGAAUACAAACGACGAAUGGGAGGUGGCAACGAGAGUUGAGUUGAGUAGAGAACGAUUGAUGAAUACCCAAGCGCAAGUGCAUUUGUUUUAUAAGCUUAAACGGAGGCAUUUAUUAGGGGACCAGCGUCUAGGGACGCUGUGCUGUACCAUACUACGUAAACUUUCAAAAAGCAUCACCACAUCUUCACGAAACGCAGAGCAGCCUUAGC